AUGCAAUCUUUAGGGGUCUCUGGAAAUAGAAAGGUUAUGCAGUCUGGAACCUGUGAGCCUUUUCAAUCUCUAAGUCAUCAGAGAAAUGAUGAAGAGGCAGUUGUGGAUAGAGGUGGAACUCGUUCUAUUCUCAAAACACACUUUGAGAAAGAAGAUUUAGAAGGUCAUCGGACACUAUUUAUUGGAGUUCACGUGCCCCUGGGAGGAAGAAAAAGCCAUCGACGUCACAGGCAUCGUGGUCAUAAACACAGAAAGAGAGACAGAGAGAGAGAUUCGGGACUAGAGGAUGGCAGAGAGUCACCUUCCUUUGACACCCCGUCACAGCGGGUACAGUUUAUUCUGGGAACUGAGGAUGACGAUGAGGAACACAUCCCUCAUGACCUUUUUACGGAACUGGAUGAGAUUUGCUGGCGUGAAGGUGAGGAUGCUGAAUGGCGAGAAACAGCCAGGUGGUUGAAGUUUGAAGAAGAUGUGGAAGAUGGAGGGGAAAGGUGGAGCAAGCCUUAUGUGGCCACUCUUUCACUGCACAGCUUGUUUGAGUUGAGAAGUUGUAUUCUGAAUGGAACUGUGUUGCUGGACAUGCAUGCCAACACUUUAGAAGAAAUUGCAGAUAUGGUCCUUGAUCAACAAGUGAGCUCAGGUCAGCUCAAUGAUGAUGUACGCCACAGGGUCCAUGAGGCACUGAUGAAACAGCACCACCACCAGAAUCAGAAAAAACUCACCAAUAGGAUUCCCAUUGUUCGUUCCUUUGCUGAUAUUGGCAAGAAACAAUCAGAACCAAAUUCCAUGGAUAAGAAUGGUCAGGUUGUUUCUCCUCAGUCGGCUCCAGCCUGUGUUGAGAAUAAGAAUGAUGUGAGCAGGGAAAACAGCACUGUUGACUUUAGCAAGGGGCUGGGAGGCCAACAAAAGGGGCAUGCUAGUUCGUGUGGGAUGAAACAAAGGCAUGAAAAAGGACCUCCACACCAGCAAGAGAGAGAGGUUGAUCUGCAUUUUAUGAAGAAGAUUCCUCCAGGUGCUGAAGCUUCAAACAUCUUAGUUGGGGAAUUGGAGUUUUUGGAUCGAACUGUAGUUGCGUUUGUCAGGUUGUCUCCAGCUGUAUUGCUUCAAGGACUGGCUGAGGUCCCAAUCCCAACCAGAUUUUUGUUCAUUCUUCUGGGACCCAUGGGAAAGGGGCAACAGUACCAUGAGAUUGGCAGAUCAAUUGCAACCCUAAUGACAGAUGAGGUAUUUCAUGAUGUUGCUUACAAAGCUAAAGAUCGUAACGACUUGGUAUCAGGAAUUGAUGAAUUUCUGGAUCAGGUUACUGUUCUCCCUCCUGGAGAAUGGGAUCCAAGCAUUCGAAUAGAGCCUCCCAAAAAUGUUCCUUCCCAGGAGAAGAGGAAGAUUCCUGCUGUACCAAAUGGAACAGCGGCUCCUGGGGAAGCCGAGCCCCACGGAGGACAUAGUGGACCUGAACUCCAGCGAACUGGAAGGAUUUUUGGGGGACUUAUUUUAGAUAUCAAAAGAAAAGCUCCAUACUUCUGGAGUGACUUCAGAGAUGCUUUCAGCUUGCAGUGCUUAGCAUCUUUUCUGUUUCUCUACUGCGCGUGUAUGUCUCCUGUCAUCACAUUUGGAGGACUGCUAGGAGAAGCAACUGAAGGGCGAAUAAGUGCAAUCGAAUCUCUCUUUGGAGCGUCCAUGACUGGGAUAGCCUAUUCUCUCUUUGGUGGACAGCCUCUUACCAUAUUAGGCAGUACAGGACCAGUUUUGGUGUUUGAAAAGAUUUUGUUUAAAUUUUGCAAAGAAUAUGGGCUGUCAUACCUAUCUUUAAGAGCUAGUAUUGGACUUUGGACUGCAACCCUGUGUAUCAUACUUGUGGCCACUGAUGCAAGCUCCCUUGUCUGCUAUAUCACCCGGUUUACUGAAGAAGCUUUUGCUUCUCUCAUUUGCAUCAUUUUCAUUUAUGAGGCCCUGGAGAAGUUGUUUGAACUCAGUGAAGCAUAUCCAAUCAACAUGCAUAAUGAUUUGGAACUGCUGACACAAUAUUCGUGUAACUGUGUGGAACCACAUAAUCCUAGCAAUGAUACAUUGAAGGAAUGGAGGGAGUCCAAUAUUUCUGCCUCUGACAUAAUUUGGGAGAACCUAACUGUGUCGGAAUGCAAAUCAUUGCAUGGAGAGUAUGUUGGACGAGCCUGUGGCCACGAGCACCCAUAUGUUCCAGAUGUUCUAUUUUGGUCAGUGAUCCUGUUCUUUUCCACAGUUACUCUGUCAGCCACACUGAAGCAGUUCAAGACUAGCCGCUAUUUUCCAACCAAGGUUCGAUCCAUAGUGAGCGACUUUGCUGUCUUUCUUACGAUUCUGUGUAUGGUUUUAAUUGACUAUGCCAUUGGGAUCCCAUCUCCAAAACUACAAGUACCAAGUGUUUUCAAGCCCACAAGAGAUGAUCGUGGCUGGUUUGUUACACCUUUAGGUCCAAAUCCAUGGUGGACAGUAAUAGCUGCUAUUAUUCCAGCUUUACUUUGUACUAUUCUAAUUUUUAUGGACCAACAGAUUACGGCCGUCAUCAUCAACAGAAAAGAGCAUAAGCUAAAGAAAGGUUGUGGGUACCAUCUGGAUCUAUUAAUGGUGGCUGUCAUGCUUGGUGUGUGCUCCAUCAUGGGCCUGCCGUGGUUUGUGGCUGCCACUGUCCUCUCCAUCACUCAUGUCAACAGCCUAAAACUGGAAUCAGAAUGUUCAGCUCCAGGAGAACAACCCAAAUUUCUUGGCAUUCGGGAGCAAAGGGUUACUGGGCUUAUGAUUUUUAUUCUUAUGGGUUCAUCAGUCUUUAUGACCAGUAUUCUGAAGUUUAUUCCUAUGCCAGUGCUAUAUGGAGUGUUCCUUUAUAUGGGUGCUUCAUCACUAAAAGGAAUUCAGUUCUUCGAUAGAAUAAAGCUCUUCUGGAUGCCUGCAAAACAUCAACCAGAUUUUAUAUAUCUAAGGCAUGUACCACUUCGAAAAGUCCAUCUCUUCACAGUUAUUCAGAUGAGUUGCCUUGGCCUUUUGUGGAUAAUAAAAGUUUCAAGAGCUGCUAUUGUCUUUCCCAUGAUGGUGUUAGCUCUGGUAUUUGUAAGAAAGCUGAUGGACUUUCUGUUUACCAAACGGGAACUCAGCUGGUUGGAUGAUUUAAUGCCUGAGAGUAAGAAAAAGAAACUAGAAGAUGCUGAAAAAGAAGAAGAACAAAGUAUGCUAGCUAUGGAAGAUGAGGGCACAGUACAACUCCCAUUGGAAGGGCACUAUAGAGAUGAUCCAUCUGUGAUCAAUAUUUCUGAUGAAAUGUCAAAGACUGCCUUGUGGAGGAACCUUCUGAUUACUGCCGAUAACUCAAAAGAUAAGGAGUCAAGCUUUCCUUCUAAAAGCAUUGAAAGCCGAAAAGAGAAGAAAGCUGACUCAGGGAAAGGUGUUGACAGGGAGACUUGUCUAUGA